AACAUCCUUGGAAUGAAAUAUGGCGUGAGGGGAUGUUUACAUGGGGAAUCAGGACUGAAACUUUCCUGAGUACUGAAACUCUUUCACUGAAACUUGGACCCAAGGAAGAAAGAUGCCCUGCUUCUGCUGAACACGGGACCUCUAACGGCACCCCGAGGGCCUGGCCACCAGGAUGUCCAAGUAUAAACUGAUCAUGCUAAGACACGGGGAGGGCGCUUGGAAUAAGGAGAACCGCUUUUGUAGCUGGGUGGACCAGAAACUGAACAGCGACGGGCUGGAGGAAGCGCGGAACUGUGGCAGGCAGCUGAAGGAGCUGAACGUGGAGUUUGACCUGGUCUUCACGUCCAUCCUGAAUCGGUCCAUCCACACAGCCUGGCUGAUCCUGGAGGAGCUGGGGCAGGAGUGGGUUCCCGUGGAAAGCUCCUGGCGCCUCAACGAGCGUCACUACGGGGCCCUGAUCGGCCUCAACCGGGAGAAGAUGGCCCUGAAUCACGGCGAAGAGCAGGUGAGGAUCUGGAGGAGGAGCUACAGCGUGACGCCGCCCCCCAUCGAGGAGUCCCACCCUUACUACCGGGAGAUCUACAGCGACCGGAGGUACAAGGUGUGCGACGUGCCUGUGGACCAGCUGCCCCGAUCCGAGAGCUUGAAGGACGUCCUGGAGAGACUGCUUCCCUACUGGAACCAAAGGAUCGCCCCGGAGGUGCUGAGCGGCAAAACCAUCCUGAUCUCUGCGCACGGAAACAGCAGCCGAGCGCUCCUGAAGCAUCUGGAAGGUAUCUCCGACGAAGACAUCAUCAACAUCACCCUCCCCACCGGGGUCCCCAUCCUCCUGGAGCUGGAUGAGAACCUGCAUGCCGUGGGACCUCACCAGUUCCUGGGCAACCAAGAGGCGAUCCAAGCAGCCAUUAAGAAAGUCGAGGACCAGGGAAAAGUGAAACCUGCUGCCAAAUAACAUCUUCCCCGAGGGGAGGGUGACCUCUGACCCGAUGCAGGAGCAGCAGCCUGGGGUGUGUCGUGGGUGCUGAGCUUUCUGCCGGCCGCACCCCUCCCAACUCCCCAUCUCUCUCUCGAAUUUGCAUUUUCCAGAGCUAGGCUGUGGGGUAGAGGUGGUAUAGGUAGGUAACUUAAUUUAUCUCCGUCUAAAUAAUGACUUUAAGAUGCCUAAGAGUUUAUAUCCUAAGACUGAAGAGUUAGUUCUCCUGAAAGCCCUGUGUGGAUUAGUUACCAAGCUAGGAAUGAGUGGGACUUGAUCAAGGUCAUACGUUUCUGAGAUGGGAGAGUACCAAGUGGCGGUGAAAUCAAGGUGUUCAUCAGUCAAUGAAUCAUUACCAUCCAGUCACCGUGGCCAGGUACUCUAGCAAGCCUGAGUAUAUUAUGGCAACGGACCAGAGAUUAACUCCCUUGAGUUUGUGUUGCUUUUCCCCACAUUGUGUCUUAAGUAGCUCACUUCUCCUUUCUACUGACGGAGAUUCUCUGAGGAUGACUGUAAGGGGGUUAGGUAACUCACACCACUGAAGUAUUUAUUAUUAGUGUUUUCCUUUAGAAAAAGAGAUGCGUUGAUAGUUAAAACCAGAAGGCCAUUGAAUGGGAACAUUGCAGCUGGAGUUCCUCUAAACCACCAGCAAAGGCCCUUUAAUUGAUCCCCAUUCCAGGGACAUCAUUUGUCAGGCAUUCAGUAGAAUUCCUUUUCUCCACUGGAAUCAGCAGCACAGAGACAACCAGAGCUGUUGUGUUCUUGUUUUGCUUUGUGCUUUAAUCUUUGGAUCCUUAAACUUGGCUUCGAAAUAAAGUUCUGUGACUGAAAGCAA